GAGAUAUAGGAAGUGACGCCAUUAUUGGCGGAAACGCGGUUUCCUUAUGCGACGCGAUGGCUGCGGGCAGUUUGGCUGUUCUUUGCAGAAAAGUCUCGGGCGCCCUGAAGACUUCCAGGUCGUUGAUAAGUCAUCAGGUCCCUGCUAGUACUGGUUUUUCUCUUAAUCUGUUGCUUAAGAAUACACCAAAAGUCACAUCUUUACACAAGUGUAGACUACUUCAUACCACGUUGUCAAGGAAAGGACUGGAAGAAUUUUUUGAUGACCCAAAGAAUUGGGGGGAAGAAAAAGUGAAAUCUGGUGCUUCGUGGACCUGUCAGCAAUUAAGGAACAAAAGUAAUGAAGAUUUACAUAAACUUUGGUAUGUCCUACUGAAAGAAAGAAACAUGCUUCUAACUCUAGAGCAGGAGGCCAAGCGACAGGUAUUGCCAAUGCCAAGUCCUGAGCGGUUAGAAAAGGUAAUAGAAUCUAUGGAUGCAUUAGAUAAAGUUGUCCAGGAAAGAGAAGAUGCCCUAAGACUUCUUCAGACUGGUCAAGAGAAAGCUAGACCUGGUGCUUGGAGAAGAGACAUCUUUGGGAGAGUCUUCUGGCACAAGUUCAAGCAGUGGCCUAUACCUUGGUACCUGAAUAAAAAGUACAAUAGGAAACGAUUCUUUGCAAUGCCCUAUGUGGAACAUUUUGACAGACUGAGACGGGAGAAACAAGCCCGCACUGAAGUUAGGAAGAAAACUUUACAGAAAAAGAAAGCAAGACUUCUUCAGGAAAAGUUCCCACAUCUUUCUGAAGCUUAGAAGUCAAGUCUUGGCUAAGAUGUCUGAACUCUUAAUUUACC